CAGCUGCUUUCCUAACGAGCUGUAAACGCAGGCGGGAGGAAUGCGUGGGGUUUCUACUGCCAUCUGCCGAUCAACACCCCACGCAAGGCCUCGACCCCGAAGAACGAUGGAUCUGAAACAGGAGGCGAGUCCCGGUUACAGCCCCCGCCAUGCAGCGUUUUACAUGUGCACAUGAGAAUGCGCUCCCCUUGUGCAAGUCUUUGAAGUUAUUCAAGGAAGCCUUAUAUUUUUGGAUACAACCUCUGAAACCUGUGCAGCAUGAUAUGUCUCUGGUCUAUCAGAAGAGGAGAAAAAGAACUUUACUUGGAUGUGUUAACAAACCUUGUUCAGACAGAAGUGCAAAAACAAAGUGACUAGGAAUAUUACUGUUCAUCCUGGCAAUGCAGAGGUCCAUUGACAGGUCUGCCACAGUAACUGAAGCAGCUACAAUCAAAGGUUAGUGUCAAGCCCCAGUAUCGUCUUCUUCAUAUGGUUGCAGUUCCUGUUUACUGACUUGUUUUAACACUAGAAGAAUAUGGAAAUGGAGAAGGAGGAGUAAGAAUGAAUUUGUGGUCUUCUCUGUCACAGCGUCCUCAUUUUAGAGAUGAAUUAAGGAAGGGAAUUGCUAUCUUAUUCUCUUCUUCUUUCCCCUUUGUUCACUUCCACAUAUGUUGGAAUUGGCUUAUUCUACUGUUUGCAUAAUUCUGCCAGCAGCUGGUGGUUUUAAAGGGGCUGAGUCAGCAGUGUUCUUUCCAGGUAUUGCAUGAAGCACAGCCUAAAAAGUUAAUGAAUAUGGCAUAUUUAACUAUUUGUGUGUGCUUGCUGAAUAUUUUCAUAAUGUCUUGGACCCAGACAAUAGCUACAGGAGGCCACUUUUUAGAGAAUACCCCAUUCAUCACUGUCUGGAAUGCUCCAACUCAAGAGUGCCAAGAAAAAUACAAUGUGUCUCUUGAUUUAAGAAUUUUUGAUGUGGUCAUAAACCAAAACGAAUCGUUCAUGGGUAAGGAAAUGACCCUUUUCUACAGCAACAGGUUAGGAUAUUAUCCAUAUUAUACCAAGAAUGGAACUGCAGUCUAUGGGGGUGUUCCCCAGAAUUCCAGCCUAGAAGAUCAUCUCUGGAAGGCUCAGCAAGACAUUAAAGAAACCAUCUCAGAUACAAACUUCAGUGGUCUGGCUGUAAUUGACUGGGAGAGCUGGCGUCCUUUGUGGAUUCGGAACUGGGGCUCCAUGGAAAUCUAUAGGAAUAAGUCUGUGGAUCUGGUGAAGAGGCGGCAUCCUGACUGGCCCACUGACAAGGUGGCUAAGAAAGCCCAGCUGGAAUUUGAGCAAAGUAGUCAGGCAUUCAUGGCACAGACUUUGGUGCUUGGCAAAACUCUGAGGCCUGGAGGUUUCUGGGGAUUCUACGGCUUUCCCAACUGCUAUAACUAUGAAAACAAACAUGACAAUUACACAGGGGAAUGUCCAGAGAUUGAGAAGCAGAGAAAUGAAGAAUUGCAGUGGCUCUGGAACCAAAGUCAGGCUCUCUAUCCAAGCAUUUAUCUCCCCAAGGAGCUUGGACUUCUUAACAAAACUCUGGAGUUUGUCCAUCAUCGAGUCCAGGAAGCAUUCAGAAUGGUGGACCGGACAAGGAAUGGCAGCGUUCCAGUGUUACCUUAUGCUUCCAUUAUAUAUGAGCUUACCCCAAUGAACUUCCUGUCACAGGGGGACUUGGUCAACACCAUUGGAGAGAGUGCUGCCCAAGGUGCUGCCGGGGUUAUCUUGUGGGGGAGUGAAUAUUACAGCAGCUCACAGGAAGCUUGUCUUCUUGUGAAGAACUAUGUGGACACUCUCCUCGGUCAGUAUAUUAUAAAUGUGACCAGCAGCGCCAGGCUAUGCAGCCAGAUAGUGUGCUUCAGUCACGGACGCUGUAUGCGGCAGGAUAGCCACCCGGACGCUUUUCUGCACCUCAGUCCUACCAGCUUCACUAUUAAGAGGCACCCUGCACAGCCGCACUACACUGUGAUUGGUCACGUAUCGAAAAAGCAGCAGGUCAAGAUGGUGGAAGAAUUUAGGUGUCGAUGUUACAGUGGCUGGGAGGGCCCACGAUGCAAGAAAAAGUCAUCCUGGAAUCAGUGAUACUCCACCUAGGAUACGAAUGCCACAUGUACAGGUACAGGCACACUUUAUCCGAAAGAAAAGCACAGUCCUACAGGGCAUAUACUUAUUUGGGGCAUAUACUUAUUUUCUCAUGAUGACAGCACAUAUAAUAAGCAUGUAGUGCAUUACUCUUGUCACAUAGCCUUCCAGUCAUCAUGUAAGCAUUCAUGCAUACUUACCACAGAUGCGCACUUGGCUUUCUCCUGAACACUACCUUCCACUGUCAAGAUACAUACACAUUCUGAUAUGUGAUGUCUUUUUAACAAAGUCAUCAGUACAAUAGUCUACCCACCCCUAAAACAUACUAUAUAGGAAAAUAUAUAAAACAAUCAUAUAUACUUGUGUUUGUAAUUAUAUAAUCUAGAAAACUUCGUUGCCAGCCUCCAGAUGGUGCCUGGAGAUCUCCUAGUAUUGAAACUGAUUUCCAGGCCACAGAAUCAGUUCCCCUGGAGAAAAUGGCUGCUUUGGAGGAUGGGCUCUAUGGCAUUAUGCCCUGCAGAGGUUCCUCCCCUCCCCAGACCCCACCCUCCCCCACGCUCUAACCCCUAAUAUCCAAAAACUUCCCAACCCAGAGUUGAAAAUCCUACUAGUAAAUCUCACUUGUGGUUUGCAUUUAGGUACGUUCUUAGCAUCCACUGCAAAGUUCCAUGGUCAUCUAGUCUUAUCGUGGUUUUGCUAGCUGUCUACUAGUCUGUUGAAACUAUUAUGAGAUGUAAAAAUGUCCUGUUUUCAGGCUUUUAGAGAAAUUGGGAUGUCUUGGUUUCGGUGUGUGCCCAAUUUCAUCUUGCUGUUGUGGAAAUACACAAAAACUUUAUAUAGCAAAAAUGUAAGUUUGGAUAAUUUCAUUAUCCAUCCUGGACUCAGGAAUUGGUUGCCGGAGACGGAAGCAGGAGGCAAUGUCAUUGGUGAGACUGGGCAGGUGCAGCAAUGCAUCAUUUGCAUUCUAAGCAUUUAUUGGCUAGUUUCGUGAAUGUUACACCACUAGUCAGAACAUCCCUGUCUUCAUGCCACCUCUUUUCCCGGCUCUAGACCUGUUCUUUACUGAACGCAGUGUACGCCAAAGGGUACUGUUACAGUUUGUAUCUGUCAUGGAUUAUUUCACACACACAGCACACAUACCAGCACAGGGAAGGGCUCUUGAGAUGUCUUCUCCUAUCAAUGCAGGCUUCUCAAGGAGCAGCAAAGGUUUUAUGUGGGCAGCUAUAUACUAUUCCUUCUAUUGAAUAGAGGGAUUUGCAUCUGUGUGUGAGUGAUGGCAGAAUUCCAAGAAUGCUUUAACAGCAAUGGAGUGGCAGUAGUUCCCUGCAGAGGCCCCUGCUGCUUUUUAUCAUACUGCAAAUUCUUCUGAGCAACUGGAGAAUGAACUGAUGUAUAUAGCAAAACAGAUUUUGAAACCAAACUGUAUGGCAUAUUUCAUAAUGUCAGUGACUAAAUCAUAUUUGCUUUCCACAUAUGUCUUUCUGUGAAAUGGCAAACUGGAGACUGACGUUGAGGAUAUUCAGAGUAAGUGUGAACUAAAUACACCACUUCCCCUCACCCCAACCAUGAUCUAAUCUAUUGAAAGGAGAGAAAGCAGUAGUGCAGAGGUUCACAACCUUGGAGGCACCUUUGGAAUUCUCACACAUGGUGGUGGGGGCAACAACCACAAAAUGGCUGCUGCAGGAUGUAGAACCAACCACAAAACAUUGGAGUAUGAGGUUAUACAUAACUCUAACAGUAGCUCUUCAACAUUUCAGACAAAAGCUGUGCUUAACAGGAUGCCUUUUAAAAUGAACAAUGCUUAAAAAUAUUUUUAUGCUUACAUGCAGCUUACUUGAGACAUGCAGCGAAGAGCCUUGUGCUGUGGUGGCAGCUGCUGCCAAAGCAAUUUUUUUAAAAAAAUCUGCACAGUGAAUCAAAUCUCCAGUGGCCAAUCAGAAGCCCUGCUGGGCAAAAGCCCCACCUGACCUAAUUGAGCCCUAAAUAGAUUAUAGUAUAUUUGGUUGGCGGAGGCUGAUCAAGACCAGCAUAUAUGUGCCAUGAGACGUGAAACCUCUGGCCCAUUUCCUUCUUCCUUCACUGUUACAAGAUGCCUGAUUUUAAAGCAGUCAGUCUACUUGGGGAUUAAUUACAAUCAGAGGAAAAGCACUUCCUCUCAUGAUCCUAAUUCACUGCAUUCCACCCACCCCUCUUCGCCAGUAGUUGCAAAGGAGACAGAGCCUUGACAGUUUAUAAUAUCCAGAAAUGGGUCCUGAAAUUUGGGUCAGGGAAUGUGUGCAGCGAGACAAGCAUUCCCUGACCUCAUUCACUCUUCCACACUUUCCCAUAUUCAACUAGGACUGGUAGCUAUACCUGCUUUGUUUGCUACUUAGGAUACUACUACAUAGGGCCAACACCUAUGUAGUAUUAAGGGCUUUGCUUGGGAGUUGAAACGUUCUAAGCAUUAUAUAAUCAUUAUUGUUUGUGUGAUUGUUCAUACAAUAAAGCAAC